AUGAAUGUUGAAACUAUAGAUGAAUCAAUUGAAAAGAGUAUUGAACAUUUAUUUUCAUUAUGGACAAUUCCUUGUUCUGAAUGGUUAAUGGUAUUUACAAAUGAUGCUGUUUGGUAUCAUCCGAAAUUUCCUGAUGGUUUGAAAUAUAAUCAAUUAUUAGAUUUUUGUCAAAUGAAUCAACAAACAAAACCAGCAUUAUUUCGUCAAGAUGGUCAAAUAAAAUUAACAAUUAGUGGUAAUAGAACAUCAUCACCUUUAUAUCAUGCUAUGGUUCCUUAUCUUUAUGGACAAAUUCAAAAUGAAAAUAAUAAUUCAUUAUUUAUAAAUAGUGGUUUUGAAUAUAUUCAAUUAAUUAAUAAUUCGAAAAAUCAACUUCAUAUUAAUAUGGUUGUCGAAUUCUUUAAUCGAGCUUCAUUACCAUUUGUUUGGCCACCAAAUAAUUAA